CCUCUUUAUCAUCUACCUACGACUAGGAGCAACAUCUCCUUCCAUUGCAGUUGAAAUGGAAGAUGAUCACAUCGAAACGUAUGACCUGAACAAAAAAAUUGACGAGGUUGAACUUGAACAGCCCCAUGUGACAAUAUCCAUGAAAAACAUGCUUGAGAAAUUGCAUCCUAUCAGUGAAGAAUGCAGCAUCUAUCGGGUUUCCAAACGAUUACACAAUAUUAAUGAUAUGGCUUAUACGCCUCAAGCCAUAUCCAUCGGUCCUUUUCACCAUGGUCAAAAGGAGUUUAUGGCCAUGGAACAACUUAAACUCCGCUUUCUCGAUGCUUAUCUACGCCGUGUAGGAAUGGGAAUUGAGGAUGCAUUUGAAAUUGCUCAGGGUUGGGAGACUCGUGCCCGCAAGUGCUAUGCAGAACACAUAGACAUGAAGAGCGACAACUUUGUGAAAAUGAUGCUUGUGGAUGGUGCUUUCUUAGUGGAGUUCAUCCGAAUGCAUUACCAAUGGGCCACUAUGACUCAACCCAAUUUAAAUUAUACAUUAUUCCAAGCUAUACAUGUUGACAUAUAUCGUGACCUUAUACUACUUGAGAAUCAACUUCCUUUCUUCAUUCUUGAAUGUCUAUUGGACAAAUGUUCGAGUUCCACUCCCUUUGUACUUUUUACAAGCACCUUUUGCAGAUGGUAUACGGGAGCGCGUGAGCUUAUUUCUGAUAAGCUUCUCACCAAAAAACCAAACCACUUGGUUGAUUUUUUAAGCUUUUACUAUGCCCUUCCCACAGUGACCGGAAAAAAUGACAAGCUCAAGUACAAUAAACGCGAGUCUCCCCCAACUGCAACCGAGCUUUGGGAGGCCGGUGUUGAGUUCCAAAAAGCAACCGAAGACAAACGACUCAUUAUGGACAUACGUUUCAAAGAUGGUGUUCUGUCAAUCCCUCAUCUUGAAAUUCAUGACGCAUUUGAAACCUAUGUGCGGAAUCUGUUGGCCUAUGAGCAUUAUCACAUAGGGGAUGAUGAGAGGUGUCUGAUCCAGUAUGUUUACUUUUUGGAUGAAUUAAUAAGUACAGAGAGAGACGUAAGUUUACUUGUGAAGGCAGGAAUCAUCACCAACAAUAUUGGCGGUAAUAAUGAAGACGUUUCGAAAUUGUUUAACGAUCUCUGCAAAGAUAUYAACAUUUCAUGUGAUUUUUACUACUACGCCGAUAUCAGCAUGGAUUUACAUAAGUACUGCGAGACAUGGUGGCACCGGUCCAUGGCUUCGCUGAGACGUGACUAUUUCAACACCCCAUGGGCUUUUAUCUCCUUCCUUGCUGCAACCUUCCUCGUUCUCCUCACUAGCAUGCAAGCAAUCUACUCUGCUAUAUCGUAUCACAAGUCAAAACCAUGAAUAUGCAUGUCCGAGUUGCUACCACUAGCUUUAUUUGCUGUAUUGUCUUUUCAAAUAAUAUUAAUUAUCUCAUA